GUUUAUGGAGAAAGUUCUUCCUGUGCUGGGAGAGCUCUCAGGAAUAUUUUUACGCUACAAGCAUCUGACCUGAUUAAAGACAGGGUGUACCUUACUGGCAUUUGCAGGAGAAGCUGUGUUGGAUCGGAACUAGUGGACUGGCUUUUGGAGCAGUGCCCUUUUGUUAAGUGCAGAUCUACAGCAGUCGGAGUGUGGCAGCUGCUCUUGGAUAUGGGCAUUAUAUUAUCAGUGGACAGACAACUCUAUUUUCAAGACACUCACGCUUUCUACCAGUUCUCAGCUGAUGAAUGUACCUACCUUUUCUGUGAAUAUGAGAAAGAGGAAGGAUGGAAGAAUGGAGUAAAGCUGCUACUUCAACUGCUGCCACUGUCUCCUCCCAGGAUUGACAUGUGUAAUCUGCCUGAUCAAAAAAUAGAAGAUACAGCAGAAACCAAUGCUGAAAUUCUUGCUCGUCUCACUUCUGCGGUACAGAGAGAACUGGCUGCUGUCAUUGCCUUGAAAGCAAGGAAGUCAGCAAUUCAUCAAAAUGAAGAAAACAGCAGUCAAGAAAUAAGAGGACUAGAAGAGCUCAAGGAUACCUCGGAUGGUCAG